AUGGAAAGUAGGCAGAGCUGCAGUGCUGGUGGAAGUCUUAUUAAACAUCAAGAAACCCUUACUGGGGAAAAGUCAUAUACAUGCAUGGAAUGUGGAAAGAGCUUCAGCAAGUGUCAACAUCUUACCAAACAUCAAAGCACCCACACGGGGGAGAGGCCCUAUACAUGCAUGGAAUGUGGAAAAAGCUUCAAUGACAAUGCAAACCUUAAAAGGCAUCAAAGAAUCCAUACUGGUGAAAAGCCUUUUAAAUGCAUAGAGUGUGGAAAGAGCUUCAAUCAAAGCGGACACCUUAGAAGACAUCAAACAGCACACACUGGUGAGAGAAUAUACAGAUGCACUGAAUGUGGGAAGAACUACCCUGAAAAUGGAAGCCUUAGAAGACAUCAAAGAACCCACACUGGAGAGAGGCCCUAUACCUGCAUGGAAUGUGGAAAGAGCUUCAACUGGAGUGGUCAGCUUACCUGCCAUCAAAGAAUCCACACUGGGCAGAGGCCGUACACAUGCACAGAAUGUGGAAAGAGCUUCAGACAGAGUUGUCAUCUUCAAAGCCAUCAAAUAACCCAUACUACGGAGAGACCCUAUGCAUGCAUGGAAUGUGGAAAGAGCUUCAAACUAAAUGGGAGCCUUAAAAGGCAUCAAAUAACCCAUACUGGGGAGAAGCCAUAUAGAUGCUUCAAAUGUGGAGAGAGCUUCAAGCAAAAUGUAGUCCUUGCAAGGCAUCAAAGAACCCAUACUGGUGAGGAGCCAUACAAGUGCUUCAAAUGUGGAAAGAGCUUCAGCUGCGGUAAUUCUCUUAGUAAGCAUCAAACUACACAUACUGGGGAGAAGCCAUUCAGAUGCAUGGAUUGUGGAAAGAGCUAUACCGAAAGUGGUAGUCUUAGACUACAUCAAAGAAUCCACACUGGGGCGAGGCCGUAUACCUGCAUGGAAUGUGGAAAGAGCUUCAGUCGGAGUGAUUAUCUCAUAAUCCAUCAUAGAAUCCAUACUGGGGAGAAGCCCUUUAAAUGCAUAGAAUGUGGAGAAAACUUCAGCCAGAGUCACUCUCUUAGGAAACAUCAAACAACCCACACUGGGGAGGGGGCAUAUAGAUGCCUGGAAUGUGGAAGCAGUUUCAGCCAGAUUCAAUUACUUAGAAGGCAUCAAAGAAUGCACAUGGGCGAGAGGCCGUAUAUAUGCAUGGAAUGUGGAAAGAGCUUUACUAAAAGCAAAAGUCUGAGAAAGCAUCUAAGAACCCACACUGGGGUGAGGCCGUAUACAUGCAUGGAAUGUGGAAAGAGCUUCAGCUGGAGUAGUAGUCUUACAAGCCAUUAUAGAAUCCAUACUGGGGAGAAGCCCUUUAAAUGCAUAGAAUGUGGAAAGAGUUUUAGUGAGAGUCAAUCUCUAAGGAAACAUCAAACAACCCACACUGGUGUGAGGCCCUAUACCUGCAUGGAAUGUGAAAGAAGCUUCAGCCAGAUUCAAUCACUUAGAAGGCAUCAAAGAAUUCACACAGGGGAGAGGCCUUAUAAAUGCAUUGACUGUGGAAAGAGCUGCAGUGCCAGUGGGAAUCUUACUCUGUAUCAAAGAGCCCAAACAGGAGAGAGGCCAUAUGGAUGCAUGGAAUGUGGGAAGACCUUCAGCCACAGCAACUCUCUUAAGAAACAUCAACGAACACACACUGGGGAGAAGCCAUACAAAUGUAUGCAGUGUGGUAAGAGCUUCUACCGGAGUGAUCAUCUCAUGAACCAUCAAAGAACUCACACUGGAGAGAAACCUUACAGAUGCAUGGAAUGUGGAAAGAGCUUCAGGCUGAGUCAACAUCUGAAAAAACAUCAAAGAAUCCACAGUGGGGAGAGGCCAUAUAAAUGUAUGCAAUGUGGUAAGAGCUACCAGAGCAAUAAUCUCAUGAACCAUCAAAGAACACAUACUGGUGAGAAGCCUUUUAAAUGCAUACAAUGUGGAAAAAGCUUCAGUUUAAGGGGAAGUCUUACAAAUCAUCAAAUGAUCCACACUGGGGAGAGGCCAUAUAGAUGCAUGGGAUGUGGAAAGAGCUUUACUGAAAGAGGAAGUCUUAGAAAACAUCAAAGAACGUACACUGGGGAGAGGCCAUAUAGAUGCAUGGAAUGUGGAAAGAGCUUCACUGAAGGUGGAAAUCUUCGAAAGCAUGAAAGAACCCACACUGGAGAGAGGCCAUAUACAUGCAUGGAAUGUGGAAAGAGUUUCACUGCCAGUAGAAAUCUUAAUAUGCAUCAAAGAACCCACACUGGGGAGAAGCCAUAUAGAUGCAUGGAAUGUGGAAAGAGCUUCAGUCAAAGUGGAAAUCUUUAUGCACAUCAAAGAAUCCACACUGGAGAAAAGCCAUAUAAAUGCAUGAAAUGUGGAAAGAGCUUCAGUGAAAAUGGAAGUCUCCGAAAGCAUGAAAGAACCCACACCAGGGAAAAACCAUAUAACUGCAUGGAAUGUGGAAAGACCUUUGCUGAAAGUGGAAGUUGUGCUAGACAUGAAAGAACCCACACUGGGAAAAAGCCAUAUAAAUGCCUGGAAUGUGGAAAGAGCUUCACUGCCAGUGGAAGUCUUCUGAAACAUCAAAGAGUACACACUGGGGAGAGGCCCUAUGCAUGCAUGGAAUGUGGAAAGAGCUUCAGCCAGAGCAAUCAUCUUACAAACCAUCAAAGAACCCACACCGGGGAGAAGCCAUAUAAAUGCAUUGAAUGUGGAAAGAGCUUCAGUCAGAGUCAACAUCUUAUGAAACAUCAAAAAACACACACUGAAAAGAGGCCAUAG